UCGGGAACAGCCGCGCGGCAGUCUCCGUCCGUUCGCCACCGUCUUAUCAUCAUCGCUGUGCCCGCCUUUUCCGUAGUCGCCGCCGCCGCCUCUUCCGUCUCGUCGACGACAAGUGUGUGUGUGUAGUACGCGUUUUUACGUUGAUUGCCGUGUGCGAUUUUUUUCGCCGUCUCGUCGUCCGUCCCGACAAACAAUAUUUUCGCUGUCCGUGUGUGAUAAACCGUUGUCGAGGAUAUCCGUCUGUGGUGGCUUAUCGGAAGAGUCGGAAAAAGAAGAAAGAAUUCCAAUUUUCCCGUGGCUAAGACUCACUUACCCGCAAAGGACACGCAUUGCCGUCGUCCAGGUCUGAUAUUCAACUGUCGAAAUUGCUCCUUACCAUAUGAUGGGAGUAACUGAAGCCCGUUCGUAGCAUCCAGCUAAAUCGUCACGCGUUUACCAACGGCGUAAUACAAGUACAAAAAGGGUUAUAUGUACAUGAGCCAGCUUCUCAGAUGUACCCGUUGUCGGAGGAAGAUAGCAUGACGUCCCCAGGUUUUGCGGUGGUGUCGAGCUGUAGUACGGUGUCGUCUCCUUGGACACCCGGCGGGGGCACGGCUGGUGGUAACCCUGACGGACCGGACGGUGGCGGCAACGGUAUGCGAAGCGCGGCAGGCGUGAACGCGGGCAGCAACCUUAGCCUAGACGUAGACGAUUGUGAUGACGACAAGGAACUGUCAGCGGCUGACGCAGAGGGCGUGUGGAGUCCGGACAUUGAACAGAGCUUCCAAGAAGCACUGGCCAUAUACCCUCCGUGCGGACGCCGGAAGAUCAUUUUGUCCGACGAGGGUAAAAUGUAUGGACGUAAUGAAUUGAUUGCCAGGUAUAUAAAACUGCGUACCGGCAAGACACGGACGCGGAAACAAGUCAGUUCUCACAUCCAAGUGUUAGCGCGCCGCAAACUGCGUGAAAUCCAAGCCAAACUCAAAGUGGUGGUACCCACAGAGCAUGCGGCCAAGGAGAAGGCGUUACAGACCAUGUCGGCAAUGUCCAGUGCGCAGAUUGUGUCAGCGUCAGCAACGGUCGCAGCUAUACACUCCAAGGGAUUGGCCAGCCUGGCAUCUUUUCCACCUGGCGCACCGCCCCCGCCGUUUUGGCAACCAGGAUUACAGCCAGGCACAUCCCAAGAUGUUAAACCAUUUGCCCAAGGGUAUCCUAGUGGUGGAUCAACAGGCCUUAAACCUCCAUCAACUGCUGUAUCGUCUGAAAUCCAACCACCAAGUGUCCCACCUUGGGAUGGCAGAGCAAUUGCCACACACAAACUGCGUUUAGUUGAGUUCUCAGCAUUUAUGGAACACCAACGAGAACCAGAAAUAUAUCAAAAACAUCUUUUUGUACAUAUUGGAGGACCAGUGAGUUAUUCGGAUCCUUUAUUAGAAUCUGUGGAUGUGCGACAGAUUUAUGAUAAGUUCCCAGAGAAAAAAGGAGGCCUCAAAGAAUUAUAUGACAAAGGUCCUCAAAAUGCAUUUUUCCUUGUCAAGUUCUGGGCUGAUCUCAAUUCUAACAUUCAUGAUGAAGCUGGUGCUUUCUAUGGCGUCACUAGCCAAUAUGAAAGCUCUGAAAACAUGAGUAUAACGUGUUCAACUAAAGUUUGCUCAUUUGGCAAACAAGUGGUAGAAAAAGUAGAGACAGAAUAUGCCCGAUUCGAGAACGGUCGGUUUAUCUACCGCAUACAUAGGUCACCUAUGUGUGAAUACAUGAUCAAUUUCAUUCACAAGCUCAAACAUUUGCCCGAAAAAUACAUGAUGAACUCUGUGCUGGAAAAUUUUACUAUACUACAGGUGGUUACCAACCGAGAGACCCAAGAGACUUUACUUUGUACCGCUUACGUCUUCGAAGUAUCUACAUCUGAACAUGGCGCACAACACCAUAUGUACAGGCUGGUCAAAGACUAAGAGUUAUACAUUUAUAAUGAACUAUCAAAAGAAAGUCGAUUGGUGCUGUUUGGUUUCAGUCGUAUCUUUAUUUAUUUGAGAGACCUUCCAAAUGAUUAACAUAUCCCAAUCGAUAAUUUUAUUUUGUUUGUAACUACCCAUACCAAAAUACUCUCUUUAUGAAGGUAAUAUUUACCUAAUCAGAUUAUUAUUAUUAAUUUUUAAUAUUAUUAUUGUUCUUAAUGACUUGUAUAACCAAGGGGGUUUGUCUUUUUGACAUUAUUCUGAAAUUAUUGUGUACUUUUUUUUUAUCCCUUUGAUUUUUACCAAUUUUUUUCCCCACUAAUUUAUUAUUAGGAUUUGUGUUAUUAUUGUAAAAUGGAAACACCAUAUAAUUUAUUGAUGUACAGAUAAUCAUCUUAUAGCUCGCUACCUAAAAUUGGUGACUGUUAUCAUUGAGUACGAAAUUAUGACCGAGGUUUUAAGGGUUUAAAAUAAAUUUGAAAUUAUUACGUUUUUGUACUUAAAAGUUAGGUCGACUGAAUCCUGUUGCAAUUCUUAUUGGAUGUUGUAAAAACGAUGUAAUUUUGUAGAUUAAUUUGUAUAUACAUAGAAAUAUAUUAUAAUAUAUUAUAUUAUUUUUAAAAAUAAACAAAACAAACUUGACAAAAAAAAAAAAUUAAAAAAUGAAACGUUUUUAACAUUUAAAUACUUAGGGAAUA